UGUGUGUGUGUCCAGAUACAUAGAGACAUACAAAUAACUCCCCUCCCUUGGCCUCCCCAGGCAGUGGCGGCGUCGGCAACAAGUGUGAUGCUGUCGUGGCGCUCCGACCCCGAGGACACCUCCAUCCAGGGCUACUCGGUCAGAUUCCAUCCGUCAUCGUCAUCGCACUUCCUGUUUCAGGAGGAGCCCGGCCUCAACAGGAGCCAAGUCCUCGUGGAGGGCCUGAGGCCUGCCACCGAGUACUCCUUCGCCCUCCAGGCCUACAACAACCAAGGCCGCUCCUCGUUCACUCCGCCCUCAGUUGCGGUCACGAUGCUAGGUGUGGUCGAGGAGGCCGCCAGCAGCAGCAGCAGCAGCAUGGGGGGCGGGUCUCAACAAAGGGUUCCUCGCCUCAUCCUCAUCAUCAUCUGCUUAACCGGCGCAGCUCUUUUGAUCCUCAAUAUUGUUAUUGUUUCAUGUUUCCUCCGCCGUUACGUCUUCAAAAAGAACUCGGCCAACGCUCGCAAGCCGACCACCUACAGCGUGUACACUCCCUCCACCACGCCGGGCUCGACCACCUACGGGGACCUCAUGUCUCUGAACCCCAGUGUGCCCCCACCAGAGUAUCAGGUACGUUUUCUUAUGUACCGUAGAACCCUCACGCCCGAGUCCCCUGGAGACCAACACACUAUUCCCUGUCUUCCGUACCUGGAGUGUGUACCUACAGAUCUGUACCUAGAUGUCAGACGAGACACGGACAGCGAGGGGACGAGCACGAACACCCUGCGAGCGAGUUUCGAGUCCCCGCAGAAGUCCACGGAGCCUCUGUGCGUGCAGGUUCUCAACGUGUCCGAGGAAGGAGCCACGUCGCUGGAAGGCCCCGCGAGUUCGCAAGAGGAUCCUUACCCUCAGACCCGCGUAGCGCCUCCGCAGAUUCACGUGACGCCGCCGCACGCACAUGCAACGCACACACACGAGGAGCAGCGCCGGGCUUCGGAUGGCAGCGUUGUCUCGACCAAGAGUACCGCCCCGACGAAGCAAGAGCAGUGUGCUUACAGCGACGCAUCUUGCAGCCGGGUUGUGAAUCCGUCGUCUUUCGGAGAGUUCACGGAGCAGGAGAGUCUAGGGGUGAGGUCGGUGUGUCAGUCUUCAAACAUCCCCGAUGUGUGUCCGACCACCUUAACCUCGUACGAGACGAUGCUUCCGCCACGUCAGGUUCCUUCGUGCCAGGAGGUCAUACCGGAGUUUCCCGAGGACGAAGAAGAGGAAGAGCAAGAAGGAGACAUAAAAGAUGUGAAUGUUAAAUCCACAGCGGUGCACGAGGGGUCUAAUACACAGUACACUUCAUGUCAGAAACAUGUUCCUGGUUCUCGGUUCGUGGAUUCGCCUGACUCAAGUCCAUGCCGAGCCAGUGUGGUUCAGCACCACUCGGACACCCCGCCUACUCCCAGACACAAUCCUGCCACGACAGCUCGGCCUUCGAGUCAGGUCAUUUUCCAUGGACAGCCGCACAUUCAACAGCAGUACGAAGAGCAGCGGCUUCAGCAAGACGUGCAGCAGAACACCCAUCCAGCACAGUAUACUUGCCCUUGUUACCAGCAAGAACCUCAACACCCGCUACACCACGCUUCACAGCCCUCCUAUCCACACGACCCUCAGUACCAGCAGCAUUUUAAGAAGUACACGGCGCACCAGGUCCUCGACCAUCCCCUGCAGCCACUCCAUCACCCGCAGAGCUUUUACUCCCACGGCGAAGACAGCGAGGACCUUCGUCAGCACGAGAAGGAACCUCGCCUUCGAUCGCAGGUGGAAUGUCAUCCAGACUUCGAGCAUCCAUCCCAGCGUCCAUCCUCUCACCCAAUCCACAGACCGCCGCCUCACCAUCAGAAGGAGGUUUCGCCAUCCUAUCGCCACGUCGAGGCUUCCCACGAGCUUCACCAACUCGACGUCCAUCCCCAGUACCACCAGUAUUCGCCCCACUACCCGUCCCACUGCCCCCAAGGCGCCCAUCAGGUGCAACACUCGGUCCAGCAGGAGCCGUCGGGCGUCCUGGACCCCUCUGGUCUUUAUAGUCUACAGACCAACUGCUGCGAAGAGAGGUGUGGACUGUCCUCCGUUGCCGAGAGCCUACCUGCUACCGAACUAGCUCUGUGUGGUCAAGAUCUCCACUCAACCACAUAGUAAAGAGGUUGGGUACACGGUGGCGCUGGGGGAUUGAAGUUGCAGUGCAAGUGAAGGUCGAUGUCACACAAGACGCCCGGGGCUGAGGCUAGAAUGAAGAGGUAUGAACACAACUGGAGGAACCAUCGUGGGGUAACUAAUAAAUACAAUAUACAUAUUAUAUAUAUAUAUAUAU